AUGGUCCGCCACGCCAAGAACAACACCAACGCGUCGUCGUUCACCUACGCCGAGCGCCAAAUGCUCAAGGAUGGGUCCAAGCGCGAACGGUUAGGAAGGGAUGCGAUGAAGGUCCGUCGCCCAGAACCGUCUUCCUUUUUGUUCCUUUUUUGUUGAGUGCGGCGUGGAGCUGAUCUCUUGACGUGUGUGUGCGACGAUAGAACUUCAAUGCGUGUUCGUUAUGCCUCCAGGUCGCGCGGGACCCCAAGACGUGCGACGAAGGACAUCUCUACUGCCACGAAUGCAUCCUUUCCGCCCUCGUCGCGCAGAAGAAGGACAUGCAACGCCAACAGGCGAUCUUGGAGAGCAUUCGGCUCGAGGCGCAGGUCGAGAUGAAGAAUGCGAGAGAGGCGGCGAGGCAAAGGGUCGUGGAUGAGUUUGAAUCGAGUCAGAAUGGGUUGGGCAGUGGGCUCAUUGAUGGGAAGGCCAAGAGGAGCACUGAGGGGGCGAAUGCGGAACAGGGGAAGGCUGGGGAGAAGAGAAAGGCGGGCGCGUUCGAGUUGGACGAGAAUGAGGUCCAAAAGUUGGCCGAGGAGGCGACGGUCGAGGCGCUGAAUCGGACGGCGAGGGAGUUGGCCGAACAGAGUAAAGCAAAGUUGCCCAACUUUUGGCUGGUGAGUGUGUUGUCUGUGGUGUGUGCAGCGAAGGAGGUCUUUGGUGCUGACCUGUUCCCGUCCGUGUCUGCCUUGCAGCCCUCCCUGACACCUUCAGCGACACCGGAUUCAGUACUCGAUGUAAAGUUGCAGACCCUGUGUCACGCCACAAAACCGCCUCAUCCCGUUUCGUACGUCCAUGUCUCACCUUUUGUGAACAUGCAAGUUUCAGGUACUGAAUUCCGUUGUCGACCUUCUUCCCUCUCAACACCAGCCUGAAAACGUUGACCAAUGUCCAAUUCGAAGUGGACGCUUCCGAUUCGGCCAAAGGCGUCGCAUGCAUUUGCCCUGUCUGCCGCAAGAGUCUGACCAACAACGUCAAGGCGUAUGUCGUUCGAUCCUGUGGUCAUGUCGUUUGGUGAGUCGUCGAGACUUGGACCCCCCAUGGCUGAUACGUUGCAUUCCGGAACAGAUUGAGCUAAUCAUCUUUCUUUGUGCGGCACUCCUUUCCCGCAGCGGUACCUGCAUGGAAACGCUCUGCAUCCCCGACAAGCAAUGCGCUCACUGCGGAACAUCGACAACUCCAUCCGAGAAGAAGAAGAAGGCGGGACCGGCGUUCAUCGAAUUGCGUCGGGAGGGGACUGGGUUCGCUGCUGGGGGUCAGGCCGAGGCGACGAAGUAUGAUCUGCCUUUCCAGGGGUGA